AGUCCAGUCGAAGCGCUGAGAGGCGGUGCAACGACGACACCGCCACAGAACCCCGAGAAGGCACUCAUCGUCUUCUGCUUUUUCUCUCCGUCGUCACAGCUCCAGCUCGCGUUCUCAAAUUUGCGCAAAAAUGCGUGAAAUUGUGCACUUGCAAGCAGGCCAGUGCGGGAACCAAAUCGGGGCCAAGUUCUGGGAGGUGAUCAGCGACGAGCAUGGCAUCGAUCCCACCGGAACCUACCACGGCGAUAGCGACCUCCAGCUAGACAGGAUCAGCGUCUAUUACAACGAGGCCACUGGUGGGAAGUAUGUCCCCCGUGCCAUCUUGGUGGACCUGGAGCCAGGAACUAUGGAUUCUGUCAGGUCCGGUCCUUUCGGUCAGAUCUUCAGACCGGAUAACUUUGUCUUUGGCCAGAGCGGCGCCGGCAACAACUGGGCCAAGGGUCACUACACGGAGGGUGCCGAGCUGGUGGACUCGGUCCUGGACGUGGUGAGGAAAGAGGCGGAGAGCUGCGACUGCUUGCAGGGAUUCCAGCUCACUCACUCCCUGGGCGGCGGCACCGGCUCGGGUAUGGGCACCUUGCUCAUCAGCAAGAUCCGCGAGGAGUACCCGGACCGCAUCAUGAACACCUUCAGCGUGGUGCCCUCCCCCAAAGUGUCCGACACGGUGGUGGAGCCGUACAACGCCACGCUGUCGGUGCACCAGCUGGUGGAGAACACAGACGAGACCUACUGCAUUGACAAUGAAGCUCUGUACGACAUCUGCUUCCGCACCUUGAAGCUGACCACGCCCACGUACGGAGACCUCAACCAUUUGGUGUCGGCCACCAUGAGCGGCGUCACCACCUGUCUGCGAUUCCCCGGCCAACUCAAUGCCGACCUCCGCAAGCUGGCGGUCAAUAUGGUGCCCUUCCCCCGCCUGCACUUCUUCAUGCCGGGCUUCGCCCCCCUCACCAGCAGGGGGAGCCAGCAAUACCGCUCACUCUCUGUGCCCGAGCUCACCCAGCAGAUGUUUGACGCCAAGAACAUGAUGGCGGCGUGCGACCCGCGCCACGGCCGCUACCUCACCGUUGCCGCCGUCUUCCGCGGCCGCAUGUCCAUGAAGGAGGUGGACGAGCAGAUGCUGAACGUGCAGAACAAGAACAGCAGCUACUUUGUGGAGUGGAUCCCCAACAAUGUGAAGACGGCCGUGUGCGACAUACCGCCCCGCGGCCUCAAGAUGGCCGCCACCUUCAUCGGCAACAGCACGGCCAUCCAGGAGCUGUUCAAGCGCAUCUCGGAGCAGUUCACCGCCAUGUUCCGCCGUAAGGCCUUCCUCCACUGGUACACGGGCGAGGGCAUGGAUGAGAUGGAGUUCACAGAAGCUGAGAGCAACAUGAACGACCUGGUGUCUGAGUACCAGCAGUACCAGGACGCCACCGCCGAGGAGGGAGAGUUCGAGGAGGAGGGAGAGGAGGAGGUGGCCUAAAAAAAAAACACUCCGCCUCCAUUUCACCUCACCCAUCCCCCCUUCAUUUCAUUCCUAUCACUGCACUGACGCCGUGUUCGCUCCAUGUUGCUCUGGUGUUUUAGACGUUGUGUUACCGAUGCAACUCAUGCUAGACAAGGUUUU